AUGCGCUCUACGUUAACAGCAGAGCUGCUGCUCUCAAUAGCAAGCUAUCUUGAUAGCUACACGGAUACUCUGCGGCUCGCCUCCUGUUGCCGUACCUUCUAUCCACUUUUGUUACCCAAAGUCUUUACAUCGCUCGACCUGAUAGAGCACCGCAGUGGCCACUUGAGUCAUCUGGUGCACACACUAGCACUCAAGCCGGCAUUAGCACAAGAAGUACGCACUUUGCGUAUCUCCCAUGGCUGGCGGUGGACUUCCGGCGUGCGAUAUGAACAGGAGGUUAUCCUACCAGUUCUAAAGUCAGUUCUGGGGCCCGACGACGACCUAUCCAGAAGGGACUGGGAAUUACAGAGUGGAGAGAAUGAUGACGCGUGGACUGUCCUGCUUCUGGCCCUCUUGCCCAAUCUGAAGGAUCUGGUCCUGCAAGUUGAUGCAAUUUCAAAAUGUACUCUCGAGUGGAUGGCCAUGAUCGCCGAAAAAGAAAGCCCUGGUUUGACUAAAUUGAGACACCUCACAGUCGUGUGUUCUGAUGUAGACGGUGGCCUCAGCUCAUCGCAUUUUCUCCCAAUACUUCGACUUCCCUCGCUACAAAGCUUUUGUGGCCACAUGAUAUGUGAUGGUGGUAGCUCUGAUGAGGAGUAUCUCGAAGACCAAGAGUUCGAUGCGGCCAGCUACGUGCCUGACAAUGUUGGAUACUCCAACAUCACUCAUAUCCACCUCCAGUCCAGUUGUUCUCGAAGGGGCUUUGCAAAUCUGAUCGGCGCAUCCAAGAGCCUCAAAUCUUUCACCUUGGAGCAUUCAGAAAACCCAAAUUACGCGGAUGAUGGGGCGAUGUACGCGUCUAGAUACUACCCACCAUUGCAAAGACACCGGGAGACCUUGCAAACGUUAACACUGACCGACGAGCGCACCAACAAGUAUUCCGCUUACACGAAUUACAACUAUGAUUACGUCGGAUCAUUCGCGGCGUUUAGUGCGCUGAAGGAACUUCGGCUGCAGAUUCCACAUAUACUGGACUGGGACCCAACCUGGAUGAACCCACACGAGGUGUCAAAUAAUCGCUUUAGUGAUGUUUUGCCUCUAUCGCUGGAAAGCCUUAUUCUUGAUGCUCUAGAGAUAGAACAUACAAAUGAACUAGCUGGGCUGUUUAAGCGCCUAUUCUUAAGACGGAAAUACCGUUGCCCAAACCUGACUUAUCUAGAGGUCAAGGCGAACUGGAUGCAUGUCCACCAGUCAUCUGAGGAGUCCCAAGCUAUACCUCGUCCUAUACCUGCCAUGUAUGAGGAAUUUGCGGACUUCAAGGUGAAACUCGAGUCGUUAUGUUCGGCUGUGGGAGUCCGGUUUCGUCUACGUGAUUUGCAUAUCGAGGAUAUUAUCGAGAAAAAUCGUUCGUAUGGUUUUUCAAGUGAUGUCCUGUGA